UAAACAAACAAACAAAAGACUAAUAAGAAAGAAAGUAAACGCAGCUUAUGGCGAGGUUUCUUUGAAAUCACUUGGAAGAGGAGAUAUGUUUUCUUUGAAGUUGGCUGGCUGCUCAGAAAAUUGUCGUUCAACUAUAUACUAUAUGCAUCUCCUAUCUCACACAUACGAGUACACGGACUGAGGAGCAAAAAGUUCUCUCUACCUCAAAUUAGUGUGCUUGGCUAUUUGUGGAGCUGCUUUUGCAGAAAGUGAGAGUGGAAAAGACAACGCAUAAAUGGCAACCUUUGUGAGGAUUACAGUGUUGAUAUGGGCUGACAUAUUGGCUGGGUACGCGAUGUGGGUGAUGAUGACUUACUUAACGAAUGUUUGGAAGAUCAAUUUGACGCACGCUACUGGAAUUAUAAACAUUUGGGGAGGCAUAGCUUCCAUAAUGCCGCUAGGCUUUGCCUUCCUUGUCGAUAUGUUCAUCGGACACUAUGCAAUGCUCCUGUUCUCCAGCAUCGCCUAUUGUAUUGGGUUGGGCUUUCUAUCCAUGUCAACACCACCAGUCCUCUCAAAAUCCACAGACACUUGCAGUGCUUACAAACCAGAAUGCAUAGGUCACACACAAAAAGCCCUCUUCUACACUGCCUUAUCUCUCAUAGCCGUGGGAAUCUCUGGCCACACGGUCUCUCUACCACCAUUUUUCACAGCACAAACAACAGCUAGCAAUGACAGAGACACGGGACGAAAACUUCUGUGGCAAAUUGUGGGCAUCUUCGGCAUCAUUCUCGUGCCCAUAAUUGGAGGCAUUGCACUUCCAUAUAUAAAGCAAUGGUCUGUUAGGUUUGGAAUUCCAGCAAUAUGUAGUUUGGUUGCAACACUAUUGUUCUUGAGUGGGUCCUGUUCAUAUAAGUAUGAUAAGCCACAGGGGAGUCCAUUAACAACUGUGUUCAGAGUGUUUGUAGCCUCUGUUUGUAAGAUGUGUCAACCACUUCCUAGUGAUGGAAAUGAGCUUUAUGAGAAAGAUGGCACUGAUGCUAAGUUGAUGCCUCACACUGGUAGUCUCAGGUGCUUAGACAAGGCAGCGAUCAUAUUGGCAAACAAAACUCGAGAAGAACAAGAGAGAACCAGAUGGAGACUCUGUAGAGUCACAGAAGUUGAAGAAACCAAAAUCGGCAUUCGAAUAAUCCCAAUGUGGCUAACUUUCAUCGCCUGCGGUAUCAUAACUUCCAUAGGAAACACCUUCUUUCUUGAGCAAGCAAACCACAUGAACCGCAAGCUUGGACGCUUAAACCUCCCUCUCCCAAUCCUCCUAAUGUUCUACGACUUUUCAAAAUCUCAAUUCGCCAAAUUAUACUUCACUUUAACAAAAUACCUCCGCGAAGCAGGACUCAAACACUACGCUCCCCCAAUUGGCAUUGCAGCAUCAAUAACAUUUGCGAUCCUAACUUGCAUUACUGCCGCAAGUGUGGAAACGCGAAGGCUAAGUGUGAUUAGAAAACACAGUUUACUCGACAAGCCUGAUGAGAAAAUCCCAAUGAGUAUGUUUUGGUUGCUUCCACAGUUUUUACUCCUUGGGGCGCUUGAUGGGGUUGCUGAGAAUGGGAUCAUGAGUUUUUUCAAAGAUCAGGGUCCGCCAUCGAUGAGGGACUAUUUCGUGUUAUUCACAAGAGGAGUGAUUGGAUUGGGAAUGAUGGGUAAUGUCAUUUUUGUAUAUGUGGUGGGAAAGGUGAAGCCGAGUUGGUUAAAGGAUACAUUGAAUAUGAGUCGAUUGGACAAGUACUAUUGGACACUGGCAGUGUUGAGUGCUGUGAAUCUUGUGGUGUAUGUUUUGGUAGCAACAUGGUUUUCAUAUAGGGGAUGUGCAGACGAUGAUGGCGAGGAAGCACCUGAAGUUGAAGGAGCUGUGACGCCGUAUGAUGAAAAUAAGCAGGGUUGCUGCUGCUGCUGUUAGGUUUUUUUUUUUUUUUUUUGGCCAAUUUAGUGGCUUUUUUUACACAAAUAGAUCACAGAUUCGGAGACAACCCUCUCGCAUGAGGUGAGUCUCUAAAUCUAUGUAAGAAGGUUGUGUCGGAUUUUUUUUUUUUAAGUUUUGGUGUUAGUAGAAGAACUGUUCUUACAUUUUGCAUCCAAUUUGUUCAUUGUGUAUGUAAUUGAUAUGACAUUAAAGAGAGAGGAAUGAAGUGAAAAGAAAACUCUUCUAUUCAAUUCAAUAA